AUAACUGACAAUUGACUUAUGACAGACACAGCAAGCAUCAUAAAUUUUUACCAUCCGUCUUUUAGCAAAAAUCAAGGUGCGAAAAUAAUUUUGAGAUAUGGCUGGGAAUACUGCUGAAGAAGUUGAGGGUUCGGCAGGUCCCGAGACUAAAACUACUAACAAUGCAGAGAUACCACCCGAGUUUUUGAUCAAGCACCCUCUGCAGAAUGCGUGGAGCUUAUGGUUUUACGACAAUGACAGAACAAAAACAUGGGAAGAGAAUCAGAUUGAAUUAACAACCUUUGACACAGUUGAAGAUUUUUGGAGGCUUUUCCAUCAUAUUAAAGCACCAUCUGAGUUACGCCAAGGCCAUGACUAUGCUGUAUUCAAAAAAGGAAUUCGACCCAUGUGGGAAGAUGAUGCUAACAAAAUGGGUGGAAGAUGGCUGAUUAGUCUUGAAAAGAGCAAACGUAAUUCUGACCUUGAUCGAUUCUGGCUAGAUUGUGUACUUCUAUUAAUUGGAGAAAACUUUGAACAUCCUGAAGAAAUCUGUGGGGCUGUUGUUAAUGUAAGACCAAAAUUAGAUAAGAUUGCUGUGUGGACUGCAGACACAUCCAAGCAGCAGGCUGUCUUGGACAUUGGUAGGAAAUUAAAAGACCAGCUUGGGAUUCAUGGCAAAAUUGGUUUCCAAGUUCAUCGUGAUACCAUGGUCAAGCACUCAUCGUCCACCAAGAACCUCUACACUGUCUAGCAUCCACCAUAUGAUCAAUUCCAUCCAGAGUCGCAAACCAUACAAAAUUGUUAUGUGGUUUAUGUCCAACAGAAUGGAAUUGUUAUUCCAAUGUUGUGUUGGAAAUAAUUUAACUUGUGAAAUGUCAAUUUGAUAGCACACAGUAUAUUGAACUUCAACUAUAUUUUGUUGUCUCCAUAAUGUGUGCAACCAAAUUGUGUAAGGGAACCAUAAAUGUAACUAGAAUUAAAUUAUAAACAAUGAUGUUAUAUUACGAAAACAAUGUUUUAUAUUGUCUGUCUCCUUUUUUGAUAAAAAUUCUUGGAUGACAUUAUAAUAUCAUUGAUUUUAAGUUAAUUUAUGACUAACUGCACUUCAUACAAUUGGAAGACCGACUUUCUUAAGCAUAAACAACACAAAUUCAUAACCAAGUAUAAACAGACUGAUCCCAAUAAAUAUUUUUAUAAGUUAAAAGUACUAAAGGUAUAUGUAACAUUUUGGUUUGAGUUAAAAUAUGAUGGCCUUGGAGUCGACUGUCAUUAACAAACGAAGUAGGUAUUUAUUUCAAAUAAUUUUAACUUUCUACAGUAUGGGAAGAUUGAUGUCUGUUUCGUUUUAAACUGACAUCUCUAUUGUAGUUGGUAGGAAAAAUUGUGGUGUAACAAAGUGUGAAGUCUGUUACUGGUCUUAAAAAAAUAAUAAAACUACUUUUAAUGUUAGGUUGACGUUUCAUGAAUUCUCACUAAGCGAGUUAGACUAAUGAGUGUAAGUACUAAACUGUAUGUUUGUUGGAUGGUACUAUGAUAAAUAGUUUAAAAGGUAUAGAUUAAUAUUAUAUACUUUAUUCAAAAGAAAUAUGCUCGACAAGCAAUAUUCGCUUAUGAAAUAUUAAGAGAAUAGUUAACACUGUACAUUGGUAGUUAACCUGUGACAUGACUUAGAGUUAGUUUGAUUUCCAUUUUUAAUAAGUUCUUAAAAUACAAGUUUUGUUAUUUAACAGCUAACCAGUGUGGAUUAAUUUUAAAUAUAUAUAGCUUUCUAUUUACUCAUUAAGGGCUUAGGCCAAAUUAGUAUGUCUUGGUUGUAAUUUUUAAUAUUUUACUCCAGCUUUGUAGCACCUCUUGUUAAUUCUUGGUACUAAAAUGUCUUAUGCAUUGUUUAAAUUGUCAGUGUUCAAUAGACUAUAUUUUGGUAUUUCAUAUAAAAAUACUAAAUCA